AUGGAGUCAUCUGGGGCCUCUUGUCCGUCUCUGGGCGUCGGGAUAGUUCUGCCUGCCCUGCGGCUCUUACAGUUACGCUGCCCGCGUACACAAAAACCGUUCAGCCGUCUGCUUCCACUCACCAUUUCUCCUGGACCCGGUGAAUGUGGCAGAGGUGGCACAUCGCAUGGCGAACAGUCGGCUGUCUUGUCUUGUCAUAUUGAUGGAUCUUGGAUCUCCCCAGAGGGUGGGAGUGGAGAUACGAAAACCUCCAACCCCAACCGCGCACUUCAGCGCGGCGCCCCGCCAACGGCGCCGCCCGGCGGCCCAGCCCGGUCUCCCGGGACGCCGCCGCCGCCACCACCACCACCGGGCUCCCGGGGUUCCCGCGGGGCGCGCGCUCCGACGCUGGAGCGACCCGGCGGGCACGGCCCCGAGCCUCCGCUUCCCCAUGCCCGGAGUGACAGGCCCUCCCCACGCCGACCCGCCACGGACACCAGACGGUCCUCGCGGUCCCGAUCCACCCGCCCGAUCCACCCGGCCGCCUCGGGGUACGGAUUCCUUCCUACCACCCGCCCGCCCGGCCCACCCCACGACCGGGGCGUCCCUGGACUGACCGACCGGAGCUGCGCUCGGCGCGCGCGCCUUCCAAAGCCGCCAGGCUCGCCAAGUCCGGCCUCGGCCGCCGGUUCCCGCCCCCAGCCCGGGGAAGGGGGAGAGCGAGCCGAGAGCGAGCGAGCAAGAGCCCGGGGGGCAGGACGGGGAGGGAGGACGUGGCGCGCGGAGGUGGCCAGCGGCGGGCGGGCGGGCGGGGAGUGUCCCGGAGAGAGGCCCGGGCUGGGGGCCAGAGGAGGACCGGCCGCUGGGGUCCCGGACCCUCCCCGAGCGCAUCCAUCCCCCGGGUCGCAAGUCCCCCUGCAGGGUGUCCCCCCCCAACCCCCGCCACCCAGGCGCAGAGGCGACGGGGCUCCCGGUCCCGCGGCGCCCGCCCUCCGCCCUCCCUCCACCAUAUGGAAAUCUACAGCCUCCCAAAGUGACACGUCGAAGAUUCCUCGGCCUGGCCGCCCGCCCGCCCUCCCCUCCGCCCGGGCCGCGUUCCUGCCGCGGCGACUGCGGGCGGGGGAGCGGAUUCCACCGAGCCAUCGGCCGGGGAGGAGGGGGAGCGGCGAUGCCCCGCAUCUACUAACCAAACCACCCCCUCUUUUUUUCCCCCUUUCCCCAACGCCGGGGCUGAGAGACGUGGGUGUUGGACCAGGACGGGCAGGGCAGCCCGGUUCCCCCAAACCCGGGAGUCCUGGGGACCCGAGCGAGCUCCGGGCGCUCCGCCACUCUGGGCGCCAAGUUUUCCCGGAGCUGCCGGGAGCGCUCCCCGGGGCCAGGAGCGCACUCGGGCGGACUCGGCGUCCGGCCCAUCGGAUCGCGGGGCGCGUCCCUUCCCCAACGCCCCGUUCCCGCACUCCUCACCUCUUCCCGGGCACAAACUGGGGGGUGGGGAGGGGCUCCCGACGCCCGCACUCCGGGUCGCCCACACCGUCCCGGCCGGCGGCCCGCAGGAUCCCCGCCGCCGCCUGCGCCGCUCCCGCCCGCGCCGCUCUCCUCCGCCUCCUCCUAACCAAUAAGUAUCAUUAUGUGAUGAUGCCAUCUUGCUUUCCACCUGUAUUUGUCAAACAUGGCGUGGUUCCAGAAGCACAGGCUGACUCUAGCUGUCGAGCCUGUGCGGAUUCAAUGAAAAAGGAAUGCGAAUCUUUGCGUAGCCCUUACCAGAAGCCCGGUGUGGUCAUAAACACCAGUGAUAAAGAGAACUCACGAGAUGGAGUCUUUCACUCUAAGACACUCAUGUCACAUGGGGUGUGGACCAAGAACAAGCAAGUCAGGGAAAGAACGGGAGAAGUGGUGGUGAGUGCAAUGGAGGUGAAGACAGAACUCCGAGGAAAGGGCGGCAUGAUGGAACGAAAGGCUGGCAAGGCAUGA